AGCGCCUCUGCUGCUGGCUCCCCGCGGGUACAGCAUGCUGGGCACCACGCUUCUGCUUCUGGCCCUGCUCCCGGGGACCACCACCUUGCCCAGCAGGCCACCUGCGACGCAGGGGACCUGGCCGCGUCGACCCCUUUUCAGCUUGGAGCUGUUGGACGCGGAGGACGCCUUCCCGCGCGGCGCGGGGCCGCUCGAGGUCCCGGCCGACAGCCGCGUCUUCGUACAGGUGCGGGUGAGGGCACGUGCCAGGGCCCGGUGGGCGGCAGGUGCGGGGGCCGAUCCUGAUCGCCGCCCAUCCCCUGAGCCCGUUCUGGCGUUUCUGCACGGGGGCUGCCCCGCCGACUCCUCGGUCGCCUUCCCUCCACCGUCGCCCCCCGCUCUGGGGGACUCCCGCCCCACACGCUUCAGUUUCCGCCGGCGCCAGGUCUCCAACGCCUCGGUGCAGUUCCUGCACUGCCAGCUGAGUCGCUGCUGCCGCCUCCGGGAAGCCCGACGGACGCCCGCGCCUCUGACGCUGCCGCCACCGUCGCAGAUGCGCGGGCGCGUAGCCAGGAAUCGGGGCGCCGGGGCCACUCCUGGGCUGUGUCUGCCUCAGGAUGAGGCGUGCGCGGGCGCCGGCCGCGGCCGCGGCGAGAGCCUGGGUGCCGACAGCCCCCACCAGCACACGCUGACGCAGCCCAUCAUGGUCACCGUGCCGCGGCCGCCCCCCCCUGUCGGCGCUGUUCUCCCCACAGAGCCACCCAAGGGCGUCCCGGGCCGACCCAUGCGCCCCAAGCCUGCCGUGCCGACCACGGCGGCCCUGGAGCCCGCGCCGGUGGUGGCGCUGGUGUUGGCCGCCUUUGUGCUGGGCGCCGCGCUGGCCGCGGGGCUUGGCCUCGUCUGCGCGCACCCAGGUACUAACCUCCGCCCUCUGGGACCUCCUUCCGGGCCCAGUCUGUUCGCGCGCGUCGGGAUCCGAGGCGGCCGCUAUCCCUGCGCAGGCCCUGACCGUCCCCAGACCUGCGUCCGCUGCUCCCGUAGCCGCCCCCAGGGGGCGCCCGACUCGGGCGCUACGCGCAGCACCCCCGCUGCUCCCCAGACCGCCUCUCCCUUCCAGCGUCCCCAGCACCCCAGCCCGCGCCCGAGAGACUCGCCCAGCGGCCCCCAGCCCAGGAGGUCCCAGUGAGGCAGGGAUGGCGCGCCCCAGCAGGGUCCAGAGACGCAUCAGCCACGGCCUCGGUCCAGGCCCGCCGGUACUUAACCGGCCUCCGUGGAUCUCGCACCUGAUGGGACCACGGUCCCUGCACACCCCUCUCCCACCCGGUCUCAAAAUAAACAUCUGACCUGACCUGCAGA